AUGGCAUCCUCGACGCAAGACCUCAUCCCACAUAUUCAACUCGCGAACACGUUUGGGGCACUGUUUAUUGGGGUUGUCCUUGCAGCAGUUCUUUUUGGUGUCACCAUUGUUCAAGUUUUUAUCUACUUUCGGACACAUAGUGGUACAGGAAUCACAUUCUACAAGAUUGUCGUCAUAUUGCUUUGGAUACUUGACGCUCUGCAUCUGGCUCUGAUCGUCCAUUGCGUCUAUUUUUAUUUAGUGAUCAACUACGCCAAUAUUAGUGCGCUCACAGAAGUUGUAUGGAGUUCCAAACUCCAGCAGGUAGUCGCCGUUCUCAGCAUCGUUGUGGGCCAUCUUCUAUAUGUUCAUCGCAUAUGGACAGUUAGCAAGGGCCGAUCGAAAGUUCUGCCGAUCACAGUGGGCAUCUUCGUCGUCCUAAUUUCAGGUCUUGCCAUCGCCGUUAUUUGGUGCAUAUAUCAUGAAAUCCAUGCAGCCACCGAUAUGGUCAAAACUGAGUGGAUAACAUACGUGUAUUUGGGUACUGUUGCCUUCGUCGAUGUCCUUAUUGCAUCAUCGUUGUGUUAUCUCCUCGCUACGUCCCGUACUGGGUUCUCGAAGCAAAAUGGAUUUAUUCAUAACAAAGCUCAUGAUUUAUAUCAUCAAUACAGGCUGUUUGACGAGUAUGUGUUCAAUGACAGUUAUCAUUUUAUGAUGCCACACAACUACUUAUUUGAAGCUGUCGAUUUUUUACUGAUUAAACUAUAUGUCAACUCGUACCUCGCACUACUGAACGCGCGACACUACGGGCAGCCUCACGCGGACACAAUGGAUUCUUCCGACUAUCAUAUGCGCCAUGACGUCUACCGCCCGAGAUUGGACGUUGGAGCGCCGCAUGACGAGGAACUCCAGGCAUCCCGGAAGAGCAUGUUUAAACAUCCCGAUGAUGAAGUGAUGCAUAUCACUCGACCUGUUCAGGCUGUCAUGCCGCAACGGCCGAUUGAAGUGGCGAUGCAAAUGAAUUCUCUCUCUUCAGCGUGA